GCCGGCCGUGGCGCCGCUCUCGUCUCCCGUCUCUGUAGCCAGAGCCGCUCUACCCCGCUUCCUGUCCGGGCCGCCUCCCCUGUCAGGGCGGUGGGCGGAAGCGGGCGGCGCGGGCAUGGCGGCCGUGGAUAUCCGAGAUAAUCUCUUGGGAAUUUCCUGGGUUGAUAGCUCCUGGAUUCCAAUAUUAAACAAUGGGAGUGUAUUGGACUAUUUCUCGGAGCGAAGUAACCCGUUCUAUGACCGAACAUGUAACAAUGAAGUUGUCAAAAUGCAGCGGAUGACCUUGGAGCAUUUGAACCAGAUGGUUGGAGUGGAGUACAUCCUCCUUCAUGCUCAAGAGCCCAUUCUCUUCAUUAUCCGGAAGCAGCAAAGGCAAUCUCCAACACAAGCUAUUCCAUUGGCAGACUACUAUAUUAUUGCUGGAGUGAUUUAUCAGGCACCUGACUUAGGGUCUGUCAUUAACUCCAGAGUUCUCACUGCAGUGCAUGGAAUUCAGUCUGCUUUUGAAGAAGCUAUGUCCUACUGUCGCUAUCACCCAUCCAAGGGCUACUGGUGGCAUUUCAAAGAUCAAGAAGAACGAGAGAAAGCUAAACCAAAAGCUAAGAAGAAAGAAGAACCAAGUUCUAUUUUCCAAAGGCAACGGGUAGAUGCUUUGCUUUUAGACCUAAGACAAAAGUUUCCACCCAGAUUUGUUCAGCAAAAGCCUGGAGAAAAGCCUAUCCCAGUGGAUCAGAUCAAGAAGGAACCAGAACCAGCACCUGAAGCUGUCAAGCCAGAGGAAAAAGAGACUGUAAAGAAUGCUCAGCAGAGUGCUGGUGCUAAAGGACCACCUGAAAAACGGAUGAGACUCCAGUGAAGGAAGAAGUUGUUACAUGUCUGGAUUAGUCAAUACCUGGAAAACAGGGAAUUCUAGCUCCCCUUUCUUUAUAUUUAAGCUCUUCAACUGAGACUGGUGAUUCAGAGACUGAAGUCCCUGUAAUGGCUUUUUCUGUAGAAACCUGUCAUGCAAAUGCCAAUGUUGGGAUGAGCUGCCUCGAAGAAGGUGUUUUCAGUCUUCAUCUUAUUUUGAAUGUUGGUUUCUGAGAAUGGUUUUUACAUAGAUGUAUUUUGCAGCCUCCCGAAAUCUUUACAAACUCUUGCAUCCCUUGUGUCUUGGUUUCCUGUGUAAAAAGGCAAGCUUUUAUUUAAAAAAAAAAAACCAAAAAAUCAGAAUUCUUGGCAAAUAAAUCUCCUGGCUGCUGGAAUGCUUUUCUUAAAUGCUUACUUUGUUAGAAGCAAAUGUGCCAUAGCAGCUGGCAGCAUUUUUUUUCUCAGAUAUCAGAAUAUAUUUUAUGCUGUUUUGAGGAAGUUCAACUAAAGGAUUUAGGCUGCCUGCUAUAAAUUGCUGUUCCUUUAGUAUGCUUGGGAUACAGAUAAAGAUUUCAUAACUGGAGGCUGAAACCCACAUAAUUAGAUGUCAGACUGCUCUCAGUCUCUAAAUGUUCUUAGGCACUCAUUUUACUUAAUGGCUAAACUGGUCUUCUAUAAUAAAAGCUAGUGUUCUGUGAGAGAGAUUUAUGAUGACAUAAAACUCUAAAAUAUCUUGCUGUUGCACACUAUGUGAGGCUGUUUAUAUUUCCUUUUUUCACUGUAACUCAAAUAUAUCAAUUACAUCUCUUC